UUCGCGCAGGAUCCGCACGCUUCUGGCCGUCCCGGAACAGGCCUCUUGCCGUCUGUCACUGAUCGCGCGGACAUCUCGUGCUGCAUAGCGCUGUGCAAGUAGAGGACCUGCUGCUACGACUAGCUGUAUACUCGUUCAGUCACACUCUAUCAAAGAACAGGAAUGGUCACAAGCAGUGGAAUUACUUCCUUUUUUAGGACUUUAAUUAUUAUUAAUCUUAUAAUAGUAACCUUUUCUUUUACGGUGCGUCGACAAAGAGCACAGUAAUGAUUAUUAUCGUAGUUGUCGCGGGUGUGGCAGCCUGGUGCCACGAGAUAGUGUAGUGUCGACCUAGUGGCCCUAGCGCGCACGCGGAGUGAACCCAUGUUCAAAUCAGUUGGAAAAGCCGGAGAAAGUAAACAUUGCGUAUUAUUAUUAUUAUUAUUAUGAUUAUACUGAAAGUCCACCGCUAGAAUGUCAGAGAGUCACGCCGAGCUGGACUAAGUCGCUCAUCGGUUGGUGCCGCGCAGAUAGAACACGUCGGUAAAGCUGAACCUGGUAAUGCCAUGAACGCCACUACCUUGCCGGCGCCUAAAUGCUUGUCGUGAAGACAUCGGUCGCGAAGACGAGAAUGAGACACUGAAGGAUAUACAGACCUAGGAAAAAUUUGGUCAUCAGGCAGCAGAACCAAAGCAGACGAUUACUUCACCCGUAGCGGAAUAGACGGUCACGAAGAUAAAAAAGAUCAAAGAAUCAACCGGCACAGUCAGUAGUGAGACCCUGGGGUAGAAAUGCAGCACGUAGUGUACAUCGCGUGACAUCGCGCCAGCGACGAGUACGAAGGCUGCUUACGACAGCAACUUGUGGACCUACUGAUUGGAUCAAGGUUGUAAUGGCAGAAGAGCAUCAGGGAGGUUUGCUAGCAAAAGCCUAAUGGUGUUAGCGCAACUAAUGGCGCUAUGGCACUGUCCAACAUAGUUCCAAGCAGUAUACUACAGCACAGUCUGACAUAGCCGUAAACGACAAUCGAUUGACAUUGGAUCAUGGUCGUAAAAGGCGUAAUCUAUAAAAACUUCGUAUACAGUGAGCGGGGGUAAAUGAAGUGGCUAACGAACUUGAAUUGACGGGAGUGUAGAUGUGUCUGUGGAUGCAUAAUUUUGUGGGGAGCGGGGGCAAUCCAUUUCAUGCUGUUCCUCGAUGAUAAACAUCGUUUUUGCUACGUUGAUAAAGAACCCAGUUGUAAGCCGCGAUAAGACACAAAUAUUUAGAAACAGAAGAAUCCUUGCCUAUCUGUGUUUGUUUUGAGGUUGAUUGCCAUAACUCGAACAUCAAAUCAUAAUAGGAACCGAAUAGACGUAACGGGAAGGUUGAACGACCUGUUUAAUCCAAGUGUAGCAAGUGUAGUUGUUGAAUAGCACUUGCGGAGUGGCCUGCUGUAAAAGAAUCGCUGGUUUUGGGAAAUAAAAUCAACUCGGAAAGGUUCUAGUUAAAGUCAGUUGACGGUAGUGAGCGCUGACUGACAAGUGAAAGAAAUAACCACCAUUUUCUUAUUGAUAUCAUUAUUCAAAAAAAUUGCAUCAAUAUGCGGCUAAAUAUUCUGGACAUUUGAAAGGCUACACCCUGAAAAAAGGAUCUGUUUUCCGUACAAGUCCGUGAUGAAGCAAUAAAAUCAAGAAUGGUCGCUUCGGUAGUUCUCUUCGUGACGUUGUUUGCGGCUUUGGGAACAACUUUAGCACAUGAGUCGGCAGGCGGAGUAUUACGAUAUCAUACGGAGGGUCUCAAUCCAAACUACGGCCCGAGUUACGGGCAUAUCUGCAACAAUACACAAUGCAUGCGGGACAAGCGUCAUCUAAUGGUCCAGUCACCGGUGUUGCCACUCGACGACUAUGAAAGGCGACAAAGGGUGACCGUACUGCACCAGCAAUACAUCUCGGGUCAGCAGUACCGUCCACAUCUGCAGUCGUUCGCUGUGCGUCCGCCCAGGCCGAUACACUAUCCCCAGCACGUUCUUUACACAGCGCAAAAUGGUAUAGAAAAGCAAAACAUACUGCUACCAGCAUCGGUUCCAUCCCACUCACAGGCCCUACCUGUACAGUCUAAUCACCGUAAACGUAACAUGCGCCGAAGCAGGAAGUAUCAUUUUGGUGACACGAACGGUUACAGCAAUAACAGACUCAAUGAAAAUCACAUUUCAGACGUUGACGCUGAUUGCUGCACUGCUGUUUUUAAUGCCCCUUCCAAGCAUGACCACCCGCGCAACCGUCACGAAUCCCCUGCCCCUGUGUACGAUAUGAGCCACUCGCAUGUCAACUACGAGUAUGGCGUGCCGGGUCUCAGCGCGAGCCUCAGCUACCGUGUGAGUCCCACUUCGCCCCCAUAUUCUUCUCGUCAUGCCUAUGCAUACGCGCAUCAUCCCACCCACCAAAGGCCACCAGGAAAACCCGUCGGUAGCAGGGUCCCUCUCUCUGGCCCAUCUUUAUCUCGAGGAAGGCCCGUUGCAUCGUCCUUGCAAUAUCAGAACCCUAUAAAGUCAGACACUGUACGCGUAAUCCGCGUGAAUGAUACGUGUAUACGAUGCCCACGACGACAACUUGCUCGAGCGCCCAGAAACCAGUCAUUAGCCAGAGUACCCCGGCCUAAACUGCGCUUCUGCUCCAGACCUGACGAUUCCGUGACGAACUUCCCCUUAAUGGUGCUUCGAGGCCCUCGAAUGGGUAGUUUCGUUAAGGAAGGUGACUACACGAUUGUCUUCAAAACCCUUGUCCCGCUGCCUGCCAAAACUUGUAAAUAUACACUUCAAGUGUACUCGCUCCGGUGUCCACCUUUGCCGCCAACGCAGAAUGGGUCUUUCGAGUGCACUAAUGGACAUUUGUGGGGCAGUCGGUGUUACCUUCGUUGUGAGCCGGGUUUCCUUCUGAAAGGUCUGACUACUGGGUACAAGUACCUCCUGAAUCAACCCAAUGUCACGGCGGCAUUCAAGUGCGUCAAGCGGAAGCGCCAAGCGGUCUGGAAAAUGCCCAAGUUUCAACCGAUAUGUACAGCGUUCUUUGCUGAAGCGACGACGCAGUCUCCUGUGAUAAUAAGCGCCCCGCCAAAGAAACCACCAGCCGUUUUCCCUUCUGCAUCAGCUGUGGUCGGUUUGCCUCAUUCUAAACGCAAAGUAUCUUGCCGCUGGCCUAAGGAACCGUUGAACGGUUGGGCAAGCUGUGGACAGCGUGGUCGCUGGAAGAAGCGCCUGUUCGUUCGUGAGCACCUACCUUGUUUCCGAGGUUGUAACGCAGGAUUCGAGCCUUCAAUACCUUUAAAUACAAAUAGGAAAAAAAAUCGAAUUUCGUGCGUGGCUGGGUCUUGGGUUGGUUUCCAAGUGUUCGAGUGCGAGAACCGGCAAGAAAGCAUCUUGAGAAAAUGUCGUGAAGCUGCUGAAGGCCAUCAGCACGUUAUCUGUAAAAAAGUCGAUAAUGGGAUACGAUGUAAGGUCGAGUGCCCAUCGGGUUUCGUUGUGCCGAAGCGUCACCGGGCGGAAGCUGAGCUUGAUUGCGCAGCUGGCGACGUCACUACUCAUACGUGGCCUACUUGCCAAAGUGCUGUUGCCCCAUUGUUGGUCAAUGGCUGCCAGAAUCAGAUAGUGGAAAACGCCACGCUCCCCUUAGCGGUCGAGAUGCCCCAAUACCGUCCGGGAAGAGCUGAAGGUGGACCUGUCGAAAUUAAAUGUAAUCUAACGACAAUUCAACGCUACGGCGAGUUUAGUAUUUUUUGUACUGCCACUGAUCUCCAGUUGGAUUCGGAAUCGAAAUGCACCUUCACUGUUCUCAGUACGGCAUCUUCGUGCCGACCGUUCAAACCAGGCCCUCACGUAGUGGCGAGAUGUGGUAUGCCUUCAGGCCUAUUAGCUAUAUCGCUCGAAAGCUUUCCUGUGGGUGCGAAUUGCGAGUUUACGUGCGAUACGGGCUACACGUUACCGACAUCGCGACUCGCAGAGACUUAUACGACCUGCCAGAUGGACGGCGCCUGGACUGUCACUGACUUCGAUCUUUGUAAACCUUUGGCGAAUCCCGUUACAAAACGCAAAUGCGAGAAUCAGACCUUCGUAGUGGAACGGAUUCCGACAGGGGGUAUUCCUCUGGAGCUUCCAGCAUACGCCGAUUCGAUGGGCGAAGAGCUCGAACCUAUGUGUACCCAUACUUACGCCCUCGACUACGGAGAGACAAUUGUUUCAUGUGACUUUGACGACUACGAAAUUCGAACACGGUCGAGUUGUAUUUUCUACGUUACAGUACGAAAACCCUAAUAGAAACGCGUGAGCUUAUGUAAAAUCCAUCAGUUCUAACCUGAGCCUCUGAAGGUUGACGGACUUCAUGCACGCUCGAUAGCUUUCGUAAGUAACUUUUAAUGUGUAUUCCGUAUGUAUGAUGGCAGUGAGGAUGUGAACUGAGGUACUAAUCAUAUAGCGCAGAUGGUAGGCAACAGUUUUUUUUUCUACGUGAAAGUUGUUCUAACGAAUGAACUUUUCAACUUAA